CGCAGCUUAUUUCGACGGGCAAACGUAACGCAUUUGCCGCAUUCGGGCCAAAAUCUACCAAAAAAAACUCAUUUCUCUUGCUGUCUCACGAUUCUUCCGAGAAUCGCAACAUUUUGCCAGCAACUCGUUUGCCAAAACGUCUUCAAAUCAGCAGUUCUUGCUAAAUUUUUCGGCAACACGUGUUGCUGCCACAGAGACAAUUAUAUUUGCUCUCUCUCUCUUGACUACGUCCGGCUCCGGCGGGGUACAAAGUACACGUCACCGUCACCGUUACCGCCACCGUCACAGCUGGCAGAUACGUUAAUUGGCGAGCGAGCAUCCGAAGAAAGCAAAGAAACAUAGCAGCGGAGCAGCGUUUGGCUGGCGAAACCUUUCAGUAAUUUACGAACUGCGCCAGCGGCCAGUCGAGUCGGACGAGCAAUGGGCUACGACGAGGUUAUCGUUCAGUUAGGCGACUUUGGCCGCUACCAAAAGAUCAUCUAUGUGCUGAUCUGUCUGACCUCCAUACCGGUGGCAUUUCAUAAGCUCGCGGGCGUCUUUCUGCUCGCCAAGCCGGAUUUCCGUUGCGCGCUGCCGACGGAUCUGGAUGGCGCCAGUUACGAGCUGCCGGCACAGCUGCGGCAACUCGCAUAUCCCGCUAAGGACAGCUGCGCCUACUACGAACUGGCCUACACCAAUGGCAGCUACCAUCGGCUGAGCAAUACGACUCAGAGCUGCAGUCGCUACAUCUACGAUCAGAGCAAAUAUUUGAAUAGCGCCGUCACCGAGUUCAACUUGGUUUGUGGACGUGGCUUUCUCGCGGCCAGCAGUGACUCGAUGUUCAUGCUGGGCGUGCUGCUGGGCAGCAUCAUCUUUGGCCAGCUGAGCGACAAGUACGGACGCAAGCCUAUCUUCUUCGGCUCGCUGGUCAUCCAGGUGAUCUUCGGCGUGGUGGCAGCCUUGGCGCCCGAGUACUUCACCUAUACGCUGGCCCGCCUCGUCGUGGGCUCCACCACAUCAGGCGUGUUCCUUGUGGCCUAUGUCAUUGCCAUGGAAAUGGUGGGUCCCACCAAGCGUCUGUACGCGGGCAUCUUUGUGAUGAUGUUCUUCUCCAUGGGCUACAUGCUGACGGCGGUCUUUGCCUACUUCAUUCACGACUGGCGCUGGCUGCAGAUCGGCCUGACCCUACCCGGGCUGGUGUUCAUGUGCUACCACUGGAUCAUACCGGAGUCUGUGCGCUGGCUGCUCUCCAAGGGACGCAACGCGGAGGCCAUCCAGAUCAUACAGAAGGCGGCGCACUUCAAUCGGGUGAACAUCACGAAGGAGGCCUUAGUCGCCUUGCUGGAUGAUGGCGUCAGCUGCAAGCAGGAGAUCAAGGAAGAAGAGACUCGUCCACCCUCGGUGUGGGAUCUGCUGCGCUAUCCGAAUUUGCGUCGCAAGACGCUGGUCAUCUUCUUCGAUUGGCUGGUCUGCACUGGCGUCUACUACGGCCUGUCCUGGAGCACCAAUAAUCUGGGCGGCAAUGUCCUGCUCAACUUCCUAAUCUCCGGCGCCGUGGAGAUACCCGCCUACUGUUUCCUGCUGUUGACCCUCAAUAGAUGGGGACGUCGCUCCAUACUCUGUGGCUGCAUGCUGGUCGCCGGUGUCAGCCUGCUGCUGACCAUCAUUGUACCCCAGCAGAUGCACUGGCUCAUAGUCACGUGCGCCAUGGUGGGCAAGCUGGCCAUUACGGGCUCCUACGGCACCAUCUAUCUCUUCUCCAGCGAGCAGUUCCCCACGGUGGUGCGCACUGUGGGCAUGGGUGCCGCUUCCAUGGUCUCUCGGCUGACUGGCAUGCUGGCGCCCUAUUUGAAUGCCCUGGCCACCGUUUGGCCACCGCUGCCGCUGGUCAUCUAUGGCGCCCUCUCGCUGGCCGCCGGCUUCAUGUCGCUGCUGCUGCCGGAGACGCACAACAAGCCGACGCUGGAGACGAUUGCCGAUGGCGAGCGAUUCGGUAAGAAAGAGGCAACCGAUGCCUACAUGGAGGCGGGCAAGGAGCUGCGCGAAACACUGGAGGCUCAGCCCCUAAAUGCGGCCAUGAUCAAGAGCAAUGGUCACAAAUACUGAGCAGACCAAGCAGCCGAAGACUUCGGCAACUGCCGAAGACUAAAUACCCUUGUAGAUACCUUAUAUCUGAGCUAGCUCAAAACUCUCCUAGAGGGUUUCCUAUAUUGAUUCCCAUAGUUCACGCCGUGUUCAUUUUUAAUGUUGUUGAUAUAUUCCAUAUUGAUAAGAUUUAGUAAAGUGAAGUCCGAGGUUUGUUUCAGCAUUUCCGGUAAACAAAUAACUUUUGGUAGCUAUAUUAUAUAGUCGUCCGACUUCCACGUUUCAUAACAAUAUCCAUAGGGUCGCCUCUGCAAGGGUGUUGCGAACAGAAGAUCUGUGCGCCUAGAACAGUUUGAAAGACAAAAGACCUUUAAACUUAGCUGUGGCUUCGGCUAGGCUAGACUUCAUUGUGAGUGCCCCAAGCGAGUUUUUUGUUCUUUACGCGAUAAUUACUUUUCGCUAAUUAGCUAAGUUCAAGCGUUGCAAGGGUCAUUCAUCUUCUGGCUGGCGAAUCUACAGCUAUAUCUUCCUAUAAAAGACAAAGUAUUAUAUUUUUGAAAUCUCAUAUGCAUGCCAAAAACAAAGUGAAUAGAAAGCUGAAAAAACAGCGCAUAGAAAAUUCUCCUCUUUAGGCAUUUAGCAGGGCUCAGCGGCGUGGCUAAGGGUAGGUUUACUGUUGUCCUACCCAAAAUUCCAUUUAGGGAUCGACGAUCGAAGAGGGACCGACGUCCUGCUGCACCCCUGGGCCCACUCUGAUACUGUAUUAUUUUUAUACUCUAUAUAUAUAAAUAUAUAUGUAUGUCUCUCUAUAUAUGUAUGUGUGCGUAUACGAUAAAUGUAGUACUUAUUUAAUUACUUACGACUUAACACUAAAUCGAAUUUCUAGACAAUUGUACUUAUCUGCAUGUACUUAUCUCUUAAAUAUAUUCAAAUGUUGUAUCUAUUC